ACUCUCAUAAUAAAUGGAGCAGUCCCCUUCUCUUCUUCUCCAUUGAUUCGCUCGAAGGAGAACCAUGGUGAUUUCGACGACGACAACCGACGCCGGGGAGUCCCUAAACUCCACCUUCGCCUCCCGCUACGUCUGCACAGCCCUCCCAAGGUUCAAACUUCCGGAGAGGCCGACGCCGAGGGAUGCGGCGUAUCAGAUCAUCAACGAUGAGUUGAUGCUCGAUGGAAACCCAAGGUUGAAUCUUGCGUCUUUUGUCACGACGUGGAUGGAGCCGGAGUGCGAUAAACUUAUGAUGGCGGCUGUCAAUAAGAACUAUGUCGAUAUGGAUGAGUAUCCUGUCACCACUGAGUUGCAGAACCGCUGUGUGAAUAUGAUUGCCCAUCUCUUUAAUGCUCCUAUAGGGGAGGAUGAAACAGCUGUGGGGGUUGGAACAGUGGGAUCUUCUGAAGCCAUAAUGCUAGCAGGUUUGGCGUUCAAGAGGAAGUGGCAGAAUAAGAGGAAAGCGGAGGGAAAGCCUUAUGACAAGCCAAACAUUGUUACUGGUGCUAAUGUUCAGGUGUGCUGGGAGAAAUUUGCUAGGUAUUUUGAGGUAGAACUGAAGGAAGUGAAGCUGAGCGAGGGAUUCUAUGUUAUGGACCCUGUAAAGGCUGUGGAAUUGGUUGAUGAAAAUACGAUUUGUGUUGCUGCUAUCCUGGGUUCUACUCUCACUGGAGAGUUUGAAGAUGUUAAACUACUAAAUGAGCUGCUUCUGAAGAAGAACAAGGAGACUGGGUGGGAUACUCCUAUUCAUGUUGAUGCAGCAAGUGGUGGUUUUAUAGCACCUUUCCUGUACCCAGAUCUUGAAUGGGAUUUCCGUUUACCCCUGGUGAAGAGUAUUAAUGUAAGUGGGCACAAGUAUGGUCUUGUUUAUGCUGGGGUUGGCUGGGUUGUUUGGAGGAGCAAAGAAGAUCUGCCAGAAGAACUCAUUUUUCAUAUCAACUAUCUUGGGACAGAUCAACCGACUUUUACUCUUAACUUCUCUAAAGGGUCAAGUCAGAUUAUUGCUCAAUAUUACCAAUUCAUCCGCCUUGGCUUUGAGGGAUAUAAAAAUAUCAUGGAGAAUUGCACAGAGAAUGCCAAAGCACUGAAAGAAGGUCUUGAGAAGACAGGUAAAUUUGAAAUUGUCUCCAAGGACAUUGGUGUGCCACUAGUUGCAUUCUCCCUGAAAGACAGUAGCAUGCACACUGUAUUUGACAUAGCCGAUAACUUAAGGAGGUUUGGAUGGAUUGUUCCUGCAUACACCAUGCCAGCCAAUGCCGAACACAUUGCUGUCCUUCGGGUGGUGAUUCGGGAGGACUUCAGCAGGAGCCUUGCGGAACGGCUCAUCACAGACAUUCAGAAGGUCUUGGCAGACCUUGAUCAUCGGGCAACUAAGAUCAUUACUUCAGUUUCACUCGAAACUGCUAAAAAUGCCGAUGUAGCUGUAGUGAAGAAGACAGUAGAAGAGACUGAACAGGAGAUUAUCUCUCACUGGAGGAGCAUAGUAAAUAAGAAAAAGACCAGUGGAGUUUGUUAAUGUGCUCAGAUUCAGAGUGAUCCAAAAUGCUGUUUUCUUGGCUUCUAUAUGAUAUAUUUGCCCUGUUUAUGUUCUUGUAAUUGUAAGAGACCAAGAACUUACUGUCGUUUGGUAAAUUGGUGUGAAUUCUAAUUAUCUCCAUGGUUUGUUUUCUCAAUUCUCAUCAAAUUAUUGGGAUUAACGCUUCA